UUUCCUCGGGAACCAUUCAUUUUUAACGUGUUUUCCACUGAAAGCACUGCUUUACGAGGCAAUCGAGAGAACAGCAUCGACUAGUUAACGUUAAGUGUCUUCGCUAAAGAAAUCCGGAACAUGGAGAUAGGAAACAAUGAAACGAAUAUUACGAACUCGCCCGAAAUAAAUAUUAUUUCUGCGUAUAAUUUGAAUCUAGAAGAUAGCAACUGGAUUGUGACGAAUUCGUUUAUAAUCUUCACUAUGCAAACUGGUUUCGGCAUGCUAGAAUCCGGAUGCGUAUCAUUAAAGAAUGAAGUUAACAUUAUGAUGAAGAACGUCGUAGACAUAGUCCUCGGUGGGUUGACUUAUUGGGCAUUCGGUUUCGCAAUGAGCUUCGGAACGGACAGGCUUAAGAAUCCCUUCAUCGGUCUCGGCGAAUUUCUAAUAGAUCCCUCGGUGGAAGAUAAGCUCAUGGGCCCAAAGUGUGCGUCUUUUUUGUUCCAAUUAAGCUUUGCGACCACUUCGACGACGAUCGUCAGCGGUGCCAUGGCUGAACGGUGCAAUUUCAAAGCAUAUUGUCUGUUUUCCUUUUUAAAUACGAUUGUCUACUGCGUACCAGCGGGAUGGAUGUGGGGCGAUCAUGGUUUUUUGAAAAACUUAGGAGCUGUUGACAUUGCUGGUUCUGGAGCGGUACAUCUCGUCGGUGGCACUUCCGCUCUAGCAUGCGCUAUUAUGCUGGGGCCAAGACUAGGAAGAUACGAUAAUGGAAUCGAGCCAUUGCCACUUGGUAAUCCAGUGAAUGCUAUCAUGGGCUUAUUUGUACUUUGGUGGGGCUGGCUGGCUUUCAACAGCGGUAGCACAUAUGGUGUCAGUGGUCAACGAUGGCAGUACGCUGCCAGAGCAGCAGUCUCCACGAUGCUGGCGAGCAUGGGGGGCGGUUUAGUCGGACUAGGCUUCAGCCUCAGCAAUCCGAAUGGAAUCGACAUUCUUAGUCAGAUAAAUGGUAUUCUUGGUGCACUGAUCGCAGUUACAGGUGGUUGUUUCCUUUUCAGGGCCUGGGAAGCUAUAGUCAUAGGGAUGCUCGGUGCUGCUGUCACGUGCUUAGUGAUGCCUUUCUUAGACAAAAUGCACAUCGAUGAUCCUGUCGGAGCUAGUGCAACACACGGGGCGAGUGGAGCCAUUGGCUUAUUAGUUAUCGGUUUCUUCGCGGACAACCCGUAUCCGCUUGAUACGACCAGUGGAAGAAGAGGAUUGCUCAAAGGAGGUGGAUGGUAUCUGCUAGGCGUGCAAAGUUUAGCACUCGUUUGCCUUGUGCUUUGGAGUUUCUCAACGUCAAUUAUUUUAUUAUGGCUCAUAAAUAAGGUGAUACCGAUUAGAAUGAGCGUCCACGACGAGCUGCUCGGCGCGGAUUUAGUCGAACAUCGGAUACGACACAUGCAGGUUGGAGUGAGCAGAGCGAUGUCUGCCCUUCGACCGAUUUCGGGGGAACACACGCUAAAAUACGUGAACCCCGUGGGAAUCAAUCCCGGCCACGAUUCGUACAUCGACAACUACGGUUUCAAAAGUCGUUUGAUGCACGGAAAACGGUUCCUACUCGGACUAAAAUCGUCGAAGAAUAUUCAAGAGAAAACGAUCACCGGUACUGCAUUAAAUGAGAAAAAGAAGCCGAAUUUCGCUUGGCUGGAUUAGCGUUCUCUGUUCGAUUAAAGAAG